CUUCGUGGGACAUUUUCCAGCCUCCGAAACAUGUUUGGUGCCUGUGAUCGCAGCAGUCAUUGGAGUGGAAUAUUGCAUGCGGCUGUGCGACUGAGUCCGUCUCAACCCUCAGCCGCUGAAUGAAGCAUCUUCCAGGGGAAGAAGAGGAGCAGGGGCAGCCAGAGAAGUGAAGGGCCGCUGGGCCAAAAUCUUGCCUGCUGUGGCAGAGUCUGAGACUCUGGACAAGUCAUCCUCAUGCCACUUGUAAAUAACAAAGUGGGCGAUGAUUGCACACUCGGCACAGACAAGGCUUUAACUGAUGGGAAGGCUCUGGUGGAUUCCUUAAUAAAGGUGGUGGCAUGUUACCGUCACUUGGCCUCGUGUGUUGGUGGGUGCACGGACAGCUUACAGCUGCGGGAUGAGCUGCGACAAACAAGAGAAAAGGCCCAAAAGUUGGCCGUGGCCAUCUGUCAUCAUCUGACCUCACAUCUGCGAGACAAGAGCCUUCCCCAGGACCAGCGUAAGGAGAUGGAGCUCCUCUGGGUGGCCUUCUCCUCCAGCCUAGAGCUCCUCCAUGCUGACAUGUGCAAAGUUUUCAACAUGGGUGACAUCUUCUCUCUGGCCAGCUCUGAUAAACUGGUGCAAACUGGCCUACAAGGGGGAGGCAGUGAGGUAGCAGCUCGAGCUCUCAGUCUGCCAGACCUGAACCAAGCUCAGAGCCCAACCCUCCCUGCUGGUCUAGAGAGCCAGGAGCGCAGCACCAUGGAGCAGGAAAUCGGCCAAAUUGACAACAUGAUCGACGACAUGGAGACGAAGGUCAACGUGUUGCGCUGGAUGGUGGAGCCCCACGGGCCACAGUACGCAGAGGCGCUGAGCAGCACCGACAGCGCCUCCCUGGCUCUGCUGUCUGUGGAUGAGGAGCAGCCGGGACACCGGCCUCUGUGCCAGCGCAGUCAAGUCUUUGUGCUCUUACUGCUGUUUACUGUUGUUUUAGUGGCAGCCACUUUAUCUGUUUGUAUUGUCUUUUUCCCGUGAGCAAAACCUUAAUGCACUCAACUUUUUUUUUUCUGUGCAACCUCAGCAAUGAACACUGUAAAGAACAAAUGAAAAAAAAACUACUGCAAGUACAGUGGUUUUCUCUUUACACAUUCUUUCUCACAAAGGGUACAUUUUGUAAUUCCAGCUAAAUUAUCUACUAGCGCGUGGAAUCAUUUGUUAAAUAAUACCUCUGCAUGAAAAACUAGUUUGUUGUUUCUAGCAGUGAAUCCAAAGCUGCCAUAUACUUUCAACUAUCUUUGUUGAACAAAGUGAGCAUAAAAACACAAGGUUACAGGUUUGAACUGAAAACAGUUCUCACAAUAUAGCACAGGUAUCUGAUUUUAUUUAACUGUAGGAAUAUCAAGCUUUUAUUUUCCCUUUGUAGUGUACAGCACAUUCUCCUGGCUGGUUUGUGAUGCAUGAAAGGAAACAUUUCUGACUUUUGACUCAAAGACAUUUAUCACAUUUUAUUUUAUUGUUGCCAUUGAGAAUACCCAGUGUAGGUGCUGAUGCUUGUAACUGAUAUACUGUAAGAAGCUAAAUAUUCACUUCCUUUUUUUAAAUUCAGUGUCACUUACUGUGUAUAUACACCAAUCUUUGCUGUAGAUA